AUGAGUUAUACAAUUGAUCCAUAUCUGCUUGUAUUAUUUGUUACUUUUCUACUAUGCAUGAAAACAUCGUCGUCCAGUUCAGAAUCCUUGUCCACGAGGUGCAUUGAGAGGGAAAGAAAAGCUCUCCUGUUGUUUAAACAAGGUGUUGUCUGCGAUGAAGGCAGACAUGAGUUUCUUGAUUCAUGGAAGAAUGAGGACGGAGAUUGCUGUCAAUGGGAAGGUGUUGGCUGCAAUAACCACACCGGUCAUGUAACUCGCCUUCAUCUUUCUUCUCUUAUAUGUUCCAUGUAUGACACCGGUGUUUGUUCUAUUUAUUCAUUGCUUGACUUGCCAUAUCUUAAAUACUUAGACAUCAGUCACAAUUGCUUUGAAGAAUUUCCCAGGUUCAUCGGUUCUCUCACAAAGUUAGUUCACCUUGAUAUCUCGGAUAAUCUUAUGAUUGGACCUAUACCCUACCAGAUGGCGAACCUCACCUACUUGCAGUAUCUGAAUUUCAGCAAUAAUUUAUUUGAUGGUUCUAUCCCAAAUUUUAUUGGUUCACUUAGCAGCCUACGGUACCUUGAUCUUUCUUAUUCUUAUUCCACUUCAGGAGUUAUUCCGCAUGAGCUUGGGAAUCUCUCUAAGUUGCAGUAUCUUGAUCUUGGUUAUAGUUAUGGUCUAACAACUGGUUGGAACUCAUGGUGGUUAUUUAAUCUUUCUUCGUUGACAUACCUUGACUUGAGUGGUAUCAUUAUUGUCCCUCCUAGUAUUUGGGUAAGUGUUCUUCAGAGGAUCCCUUCCAUAGCAGUUAUGCAUCUAAACUACUGUAAUCUCUCGGGUCCAUCUUCUAGUUCAAGCAAUUUUUCAUCCUCUAUUUCUAGCCUUCAUCUUGGGGGAAAUAACUUCAAUUCAUCCAUUUUUAAUUGGCUUUCUCACUUCACUGCCAGUCUGGUAGAGCUUGGCCUCGCUCAUAGCUUGUUAAAAGGUAGAAUUCCAGAGUCUUUGGGUCAUAUGACCGCUCUUACAUAUCUGGAUCUCUCUGGAAAUCAAUUAAAUGACAUGCUUCCAUAUUCCAUCCGUCAUUUAACCAAUUUACAAGUCAUACAUUUCAGUGACAACAAUUUCACGGGGAACCUUGAAGAUGUUUUAUCUGGACAGUUUCCUCUUUUACAAGAAUUCUUCGUAUCUGAAAACCAACUUGCUGGUUCGCUCCCUGAUAUCACACUAUUUUCAUCCCUCAGAAUAUUGGAAGCAAGCUCGAAUCAUUUAAGUGGAUACCUACCACCAGUUUUUGAACACCAUUCAGAUCUACAAUUAUUGGAUUUGUCCAAUAAUCAUCUUAGAGGCUCUUUACCGGAUUUCACAGGAUUUUUAUCUCUGGAUUCAUUAGAUCUUUCUAGUAAUGAGUUUUCUGGGAGUCUUCCUGAUUUAACUGGAUGUUCGUCCUUGCAAGUUCUGAGACUUGAUGGAAAUCAACUUACAGAAUGGGAAACUCAGUCAACCGGACUCCUUUCCACUCUUGAAGAGCUAGACCUUUCAAUGAACUCCAUCGGCAGUACAAUCAAUGAAGAACAUUUGUCCAAUCUUUCUAGCUUAAAGUACUUGCGUACGUCAUUUAAUUCUCUGACAUUUGAGUUCAAUUCUGAAUGGCUUCCAACUUUUAAACUUUGGGAACUUUCUUUGGCAUCAUGUAAGUUGGGGCCAAAUUUCCCAAACUGGAUUCGGAAUCAAGAUUACAUGGAGAUUCUUGAUAUCUCUAACAACCAAAUCUCAGAUACCAUCCCUACAUGGUUCCAGAACCUCUCAAGUGUAAUACAUCUAAAUCUCUCUUCCAACAAUAUUAGGGGCAAGUUUCCUUACAAAUUUGUUUAUAUCCGAGAGAUAGAUUUGAGUUCAAACUAUUUUGAUGGACCGCUCCCACCAAUUUCGGUAGAAUGUCUCAAAAUAAAUCUAUCUCAGAACAAAUUUUCAGGAACACUCUUUUCCAUGUUUGUUGUUGAAGACUCCUCAUUAAGGUUUCUUGAUAUCUCGCAUAACCAUUUGUUUGGUCCACUACCAGAUAACUGGAUGCAUUUUCAAGGUCUAGAGUUCCUUAAUUUGGGAUACAACAACUUUUCUGGCAGAAUUCCAAAGUCAAUAGGGUAUUUAGUUUUCCUCCAGACACUGAUUUUGCGAAACAAUCAGCUCUACGGUGAUCUGCCUGUAUCCAUAAGGAACUGCAGCAGCCUUGCUUUUGUAGAUCUUGGGUUGAAUAAGCUAUCUGGAAAGGUACCGUCAUGGAUAGGGGAAGACCUGAAACAGUUGUAUGCCCUGAUUUUAAAAUCCAAUAGGUUUUAUGGAGGCCUGCCUAAUGAAAUAUGUCAUCUUUCAAGUCUUCAUUUCCUAGACCUGUCCAUUAACAGAAUUUCUGGAACUAUUCCUACUUGCUUCAAUAAUUUUACUGCUAUGAUCCAUAAAUCAACUGAAGCCACUGAGCUUAACUACAAUUUAAAUCAUUCUACACCCAAUGUAUUAGCAAGAUGGAAAGGGCAGGAAUUUGAGUAUGGAAGAAAUUUCGCAUAUCUGAAGAUGAUCGAUCUGUCAACCAAUGAAUUGAUGGGAGAAAUUCCCACAGAGAUAACCAGACUUCUACAACUCAAGGGAUUGAACUUGUCAGGAAAUAGGUUUUACGGAAAUGUUCCCAUGGACAUAGGCCAAUUAAAAGAGUUAGAAUGCUUAGACUUGUCGGGAAACAAUUUUUCUGGUAAAAUUCCUGCAAGCAUGUCUGGAUUGAAUUUUCUUGCGUAUUUAGAUCUCUCAAAUAACAAUUUUUCGGGAAGAAUUCCAUCUGGUACUCAGCUCCAGGGAUUCAAUAUUUCCUCAUAUGAGGGUAACAUUGGACUCUGUGGUAAGCCACUCAAAAAUAUUUGUCCUGAAGAUGAACCAGCUGAUCGCGUCUUGCCUGCCUCCCCUGAGUAUGAAGUAGAUGGAGAUGAUGGUGAGUAUAAGAGGUCGCUGUACAUAAGUGCAGCACUUGGUUUCAGCACUACCUUUUGGGGAUUCAUUGGAACUUUAGUGCUAAACCGUCGUUGGAGACAUGCAUAUUUCCUGUUUCUCUUCAAGCUGAAAGAGCGUUUUUAUGUUGCAUUGGCUGUGCGCGUUGCUAGAUUACAGAGGAAAGCAUGA